ACCCCCGACCUGCAGGGGGCGCUGCUAGCUAGACAACCUCCCAGGUCCGCCCCUCCGAGGACGGUCCGUCAGGAUGUGACGUUAAAGGAAGACGGCAAGUGAGGCCCAGAUACUUCGUCUGCCUGAGUCAGUAUGGCUGCUGCGGCCUCUGUUUCUCUAGUGAACCAGGACCUAUCCGGAGAGCCCGAGGUGCCUCUUUGAAGUGGAGGAGAAAAGGGCACCAGGGCCUGAAGGCCGACGCGGCGGCCUUAACAGCCGAAUAUAGGCGGAAGGGGCGGUGCCCACUGAAGCUAAGCUCCCGGGGGGUGGUGGUGGGAAUUGAGCCUCGCCUUGUUACGACCGCAGAUCCCCUCCAAUCAGCGGCCGAGUUCUCCUCCCACCUUCCUCUCGCGAGAACGUGCAGGCCGUGUCUGUAGAGGGGAAGUCCCUCCUCGCGCCGUAACGUCACAGACGCCAUGGCUAGCUACCCGUACGGGCAGGGCUACCCAGGAGCUGCCGGGCAGGCCCCAGGAGCCCCACCAGGCAGUUAUUACCCAGGACAUCCCCAGUAUGGAGGGGGCCUACCCCCCGGUGGGGGUUAUGGAGGCCCAGCUCCUGGAGGCCCUUAUAGACCACCAUCUGGUGGUGGAGCCUAUGGACAUCCCAGCCCUGGGGGGCUCCCUUCAUCAGCUCCUGGAGGACCCUAUGGAGGCUCUGCUCCCGGAGGUCCCUAUGGCCAGCCUGCUACAAAUCCCUAUAAUACCCCUCAGCCAGGACCUUAUGGGCAAGGCCCAGCAGCAGGCAACAUUCCUCCUGGUGUAGACCCUGAAGCAUACUCCUGGUUCCAGACAGUGGAUUCAGAUCACAGUGGCUACAUCUCUGUGAAGGAGCUCAAGCAGGCCUUGGUCAACUCCAAUUGGUCCACAUUCAAUGAUGAAACCUGCCUCAUGAUGAUAAACAUGUUUGACAAGACCAAAACAGGCCGGAUUGACCUCUUUGGCUUCUCUGCCUUGUGGACCUUCAUCCAACAGUGGAAGAACCUCUUCCAGCAAUAUGACCGGGACCACUCAGGCUCCAUCAGCUACAAUGAGCUGCAGCAAGCUCUGUCUCAGAUGGGCUACAACCUGAGCCCUCAGUUUACUCAGCUCCUGCUCUCCCGGUACUGCCCUCGUUCUGCCAACCCUGCCAUGCAGCUGGACCGCUUCAUCCAGGUGUGCACCCAGUUGCAGGUGCUGACCGAGGCCUUCCGGGAGAAGGACACAAGCAUGCAGGGCAGUGUCCGGCUCAGCUUUGAGGAGUUCCUCAUCAUGACAGCCUCACGGAUGUUGUGACCUCAACACAAUGCGUGAGUUCUCCUUAGGGACAGAGCCGGAGGGGAUGCCUAGCUUUGGAGAUCCAGGGACCUUGAAGAACCUUCCCUGCCCCCCUACACUGGAAACAGUGAAGGGGGUUUCUUCCCUGUCCUCUCCCUUCUCUCACCACUGCCCCCAAAAGAAAGUAGAGCUCCCCUUUCUUUGAGUGGUAACAUUCCUAGGAAGGAGUCUUAGCACCUGAUUGUGACUGCCAUGCUGCGGACGUGGGAGGAGUGAGCACCCCUAUAGACCCCAGGGCAGCAUGGGGACCUGAUCCCUCAGGCAGCACAACAGUGAGCAUCCUCAUCAGUGGGCAGCCUCCAUUCGCCUCCAGGCCUGGGAGAUGUGAGGCUCAGCCCUUCGGCUCAAGAUUUCAAGUGACCCGGUCAGCCCAGGCCUUCGUAUCCAGGCAAGUCUUGUGGCCUUUCCUGAUGGCUUACGUCAGCGCUAGCUCAUCUCUUACCACCGUAUAUAUUCUCUUCACCUCCUUUUGUGUCAUUUUAUAUUAGACAGACUUGGGUUUCUGAAGAUGAAACAGAGACCAGGACAGGGCAGGGCAGGGCGAUUCCCAUUGAACCCCCUGUUGCUUGAGUGUCUGGGGGCAGGCGCUCUCCAGCCCACCCCGUGUCGCCUGCUGUUGCCAAUGCAUCUCUAUGUUGUUUUCAAUCUGUAGGGGCCAAAAGUCUAGCACAUCCAUAAGCUUCAAUAAAGGGGUGCUACCUCACUAGCGCAUCA